CAUUUACAUUUUGAGAGAGAGAGAGAGAGAGAGAGAGAGAGAGAGAGAUGGGUUUGUAUCUGUUGCUUCAGCUCUUCUGUCAAGCAACAACAUUAGAUGCAAUAGCAUCACAACCUCUAGCAACAACGAGGCGGCACUGCCCUGACAAAUGCGGUAACGUUCACAUUCCCUACCCGUCUGGCAUUCGCCAUGGCUGCGACAUUGGCGUAGGAAGCUUCAAUAUCUCCUGCGACAACACUCAUCACCCACCGAAACCGUUUUGGGGUGUGUUCGAGGUUCUCGAAAUAUCCAUAGGGACUGGCCUAAUGACAAUUUCAAACAAUAUAAGCUACGUGUGCUACGACAAGAUGGGAAGAUUGGUCAACUACUCCUCCAAUGGGAUCGGGUUGUUUAAAACUAACUCGUUCACAUUAUCUGAAACCCAUAACAGAUUCACCGCCAUCGGUUGCGACACAGUUGCCGUGAUCAGAGGCAUAUCAGGCCGCAACUUCACGAAAGGUUGUGUAUCAAUUUGCAGCCGCGCUGAUGAUGUAACUGAAGGCCCUUGCUCUGCGGCAGGAUGUUGCCAAACCGUAAUCCCAAAGGGUUUGAAGAGAUUCAAGAUGGCUUUUACUAGCUUUGAAAGGCAUCGAAAUGUUUCAAGUUUCAAUCCAUGCAGCUUCGCCUUUCUAGGUGAUCAAAAAACGUUCAGCUUCCAAGCAUCGUAUCUGAACGAUGUAAAUUUUUUGAAUGGAAACACAACCGUUCCGGUGGUGCUUGACUGGGCUAUCGGAGAUAAAUCAUGUGAGAUUGCACAAAAUGACUCGGUCACCUACGCUUGCAUGAGUGAGAAUAGCUACUGCUACAACUCGCCUAAUGGUCUGGGUUACCGGUGCAAUUGUUCUAAAGGUUUCAGAGGGAAUCCUUAUCUCCGUGGAGGGUGCCAAGGGCAACAGUCUCUGACUGUGAAUAUGAAGUGGUUUGGACAAGUGAACAACCCAACCAUUGAUCUGGACCGUAAAUUCAGUCCAAUCCGCUCUUUGAGUAACACCCAGAAAAAAUCACAUGGAUCCAUUGUUGUUGUUGGUUGUGAUGGCUGGUUUAUAGAUAUCAACGAACGUGAGAAGGAUGAGGUGAAGAAACGUUGUCAACAUGAUUGCAAAAAUCUGCCAGGAAGUUAUUAUUGUUCUUGUAGAAAAGGCUACCAUGGACUCCGCAAUGAUAACGAAGACUGCAUUAAAGACACACAUGAAUUUCCGGUAGUCUCAGUUGUUCUAGGUAUUGGCUUAAGUCUCUUAUUUCUACUCAUCAGUAGUAUUUCUUUGUAUUGGGCAUGGAGGAAAAGAAGACUCAUCAAACUCAAAGAAAAAUUCUUUAAACAAAACGGAGGUUUCCUAUUAAAAGAAAAGAUCUCUUCUCGUCAAUCAUCUGCCGAGCCAUGCAAAAUCUUCACAACAGAAGAGUUGAGAAAGGCAACCAAUAAUUAUGACAAGAGCCAAAUUGUUGGUGAGGGAGGUUAUGGUACUGUUUACAAAGGAAUCUUACCAGACAACAGAAUCGUCGCCGUUAAAAAGUCAAAAAUAGUCGAUGAGACCCAGAUCGAGCAAUUUAUAAAUGAAGUCCACGUCUUAUCUCAGAUCAUCCAUAGGAACAUUGUGAAGCUCUUGGGUUGCUGUUUAGAAGCUGAAGUUCCCAUCCUGGUUUACGAAUUUAUUUCCAACGGAACCCUCUUCCGGCAUAACCAUGGUGAGGGCUAUGCAUCAUCAAUUUCCUUGGAAAACCGUCUAAGGAUUGCUGCAGAAACGGCAGGGGCACUUUACUAUUUACACUCUGCAGCUUCCACUCCCAUUUUUCAUAGAGAUGUCAAGUCUGCUAACAUACUUUUGGAAAAUAAUUUCACGGCGAAAGUGUCUGAUUUUGGAGCUUCAAGAUUGGUUCCAUUAGAUCACACUCGGGUAACGACAUUGGUGAUGGGGACAUGGGGAUAUCUAGACCCAGAGUACCAUCAAACAGGCCAAUUAACAGGAAAGAGUGAUGUUUAUAGCUUUGGCGUAGUUCUAGUGGAACUCUUGACCGGCGAGGGGCCCAUUUCUUCCACUAGGUCCCAAGAUAAUAAAAGCCUUUCCAACUACUUCCUCUCAUCGAUGAAAGAGAAUCGGCUCUUUGAAAUUUUAGAGGAACGAGUUCGAGACGAAGGGGAAGAAGAACAACUCAUUGCAGUUGCUCAGCUUGCUAAGAGAUGCUUGAAACUUAAAGGAGAAGAACGGCCUACAAUGAAGGAAGUGGUGGUGGAGUUGGAGGGCCUAAGAAGGUUUCAUGAACAUCCUUGGGAGCCAAAAAACCAUGAAGAGACUAAGAACUUGCUAGGUGAAGCUGGACCUUCGCAGAGCUACUCUGGCAAUGUAACAAACUGAAUAUAGUGUUGAUGGCCACACCCUAUCAGCACUAGAGACAGGGCGUUGAUUCUAAUCUAUUCAAUUUCCACCAAAAAGAUUUGGCCACACUUAUUUGUUUCGAAGGUAAAACAUUAAUGUAUUAUGGUGCGAAGGGAGAUAUCUUUGAGAUAAAAAAGUGCUAUAUUCGCCUAGGAGUAAGUGUUAUACAGCUGCUUGACUGAUGUCCACCGUAAUGUGGUGUGUUCAAGUAUAAAAUACACAUGUACAAGUAGCAUAUGUACAACUAUAUGGAUACAUUUCUGUUUAUCUACUAAGAUCUCCUACAUA